UAGAGAGUCACGUGGUCACCCAGGUAGAUGCACUACAAAAACGGCUAACGUUCAGCCAUUAUUCCGCGAUGGUGACUGCGGGAGGCUUCACGUAACACUUCACACGCGACGAAACCCGGAUUUACUGAGCUCACCUUUGCGCUCAGGUGUGAAAGUAAAGCUUGUUUAUACCUCUCGUCUCCCGCGCGCGUCUCCUCGUACUUUUAGUUGCUGUCCUGUAGUUUUGUGUAGUAUUAGGUUGGGUUUUUGGGUUGUUUUUGUGUUCAAAUGACGGCGCAGGUAGACUACCUGGUGGUGGUGUUCACCGCCACAUCUGGCGCGAGCGGAGAGCUUCUGGGAUCUGACGAGAAGGAGCUCGUGCAGUUGGUUUGGCAGCUGGUGGAUGUAAAGAACAAAAAGUUGGGCAGGGUGAAUGAGCUCCUCAUUAAGCCUGACCUCACAGACUUGACGGAGGAGAAAGAGGAGGAGGAGGAUGUGGUGGAGGAGAGCGUGGAGGAGGAGAAUGGAUCUGGAGCAGAUUGUGUCUUUACAGCCUUGAAUCUUGAGACAGCUUUAAAUAUGUUUCAUCUACAACUGACGAAUGAGGUGAACAGCGCUGGCGAAGGUACUUCGGUGUGUUUGUGUACAGACGGGCAGCUCCACAUCCGUCAAGUGAUUCACCCCGAGGCUGCGAGCAAGAACAUCCUGGUCCCAGACUGUUUCUACUCAUUCUUUGACCUUCGGAAAGAGUUCAAGAAGCACUUCCCCACAUCAGACCUCAAGGCUUUGAAUGUACACAUCAUGGCAGAGUCUCUCUGUAUACCUGUUGAUGUGCCCGCCAUGUGGGGUCCCUCAGCCACACUGGAUCCGUCAGCCAUAUUGCCCCCAGAAGUAGCCGUACAGCAGGUCCAGAUUAUGGCCACCAUCGUCCUUGCCAUGCUUUCUGAGCCAUUAAGCCACACGUUUUCCAACCCGGAGAGAGUUAGUGAGAAGUUUGAGACUGGCACUUGCAGUAAGAUGGAGAAAGUGUGCAACAACACAGUGAUCAGAGCCAGGGGGUUGCCAUGGCAGUCUUCUGACCAAGAUAUUGCUCGAUUCUUCAGAGGACUAAACAUUGCCAAAGGAGGGGCUGCGUUGUGUCUUAAUGCUCAGGGCAGGAGGAACGGAGAAGCCCUUGUUCGUUUUGUCAGUGAGGAGCACAGAGACCUGGCGCUCCAAAGACACAAACACCACAUGGGCAACAGAUACAUAGAGGUUUACAAAGCAACAGGAGAGGACUUCCUGAAGAUAGCAGGAGGUACCUCCAACGAGGUAGCGAUCUUCCUGUCCCGUGAGGACCAGAUCAUAGUGAGGAUGCGAGGUCUUCCUUUCACUGCCACACACGAGCAGGUCCUCUCCUUCUUCUCGCCAGGGGAGGGUCUUAAAGAAACGUGUCCGGUCAGCGGAGGGAAGGAUGGCAUCCUAUUUGUUCGCUACCCAGACGGGCGUCCCACUGGAGACGCCUUUGUGUUAUUUGCCUGUGAGGAACACGCCCAGUGUGCUCUGAGGAAACAUAAGGAAAUCCUGGGCAGAAGAUAUAUUGAGCUGUUCAAAAGUACGGCGGCAGAGGUCCAGCAGGUGUUGAACCGGUACUCGUCAGCCCCGCUAAUCCCCGUGGCCCCUGCCCCCUUGGUGUCAGUGUUGCCCACAGUGUCUCUCCUGCCCCCUCCUGGCAGUGUGAGGGACUGCCUGAGGCUGAGGGGGCUGCCAUACACAGCGAGCAUAGAGGACAUCCUCACCUUCCUGGGCGAGUUUACACACGAUAUCAGACCACAUGGCGUGCAUAUGGUCCUCAACCAGCAGGGGCGUCCAUCAGGUGACUGCUUCAUCCAGAUGACCUCAGCAGAGCGUGCACUUCAGGCCUCACAGCGGCUCCACAAGCACGUGAUGGCCAGCCAGCGCGGGGCGAACAGCCGCUAUGUGGAGGUGUUUCCCUGCAGCGCGGAGGAGAUGGGCCUGGUGCUGAUGGGAGGCUCGCUCUCACACACACAUACACACACACACACCCGGAGCAGGAGUGGGACAGGGCUCAGCCCGCCGCCAUGUAAGUCCAGACGUUUAUCUCCACCAUCCUACUCCUUCACCCCUGCUCCACCUGUCCUGCCUACAGAGGCUGCUGUUAGCCUCUACCCUCCCAUGGGACAGGUGUUGCUGACCCCUCGUCCCCUGCCGCCAGGGCACGCCUACUACCCCGGUUCAGCACAGCUUUACAUGAACUACACAGCCUACUACCCCAGUCCACCUGGCUCUCCUACAACUGUAGGUUUCUUCCCCUCCCCCUCCUCCCUCUCCUCCCCAGGGGGGUUGGUGCGCAUGCCAGGUCUGACCUACAACAGCAACGGAGUCAAAGACCUCAUUAAUGCAGUGCAGGGAUACCAGUAUGCCCCCGAGGAUGCUCUCAUGCACGCUCACGGGCCCGUGCACGCUCACGAUCCGGCCAGGACAUUGCUUACGCAGCCCAAAGAAUGGAGUCCCGCGGAGUCCGUUUCUCUCCUGAGCAGCAGUCUGAUUGGUCAGUCCAGCGGAGGUGAUGCUCCUCUCAUGUCCCUCCCCGCUCUCAUGACCAAGCCGGCGGGACAGUACCUGGACCUGACCCUGCUGUAGGGUCACACAUGUACACAUAUACAAAGGUCAUGUGACGAUUUGGUAUAUGUUAAAGACUUGUAAUGUAUUGUUAGGUUUUUUUUUGUUUUUUUUUUAAAUUAGUCUUUUAGAUGUGUUAUUUAUAUCUUUAAGAACAGAAAUUAAUGUAUUUUAUACCAAAAUCAUUGUGGCCUUAGCCAAAAAUAGCAGUUUUGUCUUAUAUUGCACAGUGUGUAUUUUAAAAGCUUUAUAGAGAUUUUUUUAACGUUACAAUAUUAUAAUCACUAUGAUAUAUUUGCUAGCCAAACUAGAGAAGAAAUACCUUGUAGCAACUGAGCUAAACCUUUUCUUUAAGCUUCUCUGUGAAGAAUGAAAGUGUGUGUGAGUGUGUUUUAGUGUGCAAGAGAUGAGAGUGAGUAUUAUGCAUGGCUGUGUCGAUAUGUUUUAAUACCUAAUCUGUUUAUGCAAUUACAUUUAAUGUGUUUAUAUACAUUUGAUACAGUACACAGUGAUUGUAUUGGAAGCUUUAGUGCAUGAAGAAGUUAGUAGUAAAACUUUAAGAUGUUUACAUAAUGCCAAAUAUCAAUGCACUGCUAAUCAAUAAGACUACUAAUGAAUAUAAUAGCAGUAUCUUUGAAUUAUAACAUAUAUGUUACACUGUGAGUUUGUCAAAUAGUCUGAUCCUUUCAUCAGACUUCACAUACAAAAAUGUGACAUCUCAGUUGUCAUUAGCCCCCUCCUUUUACUCCUUUAUGUAAACGCUAUAUGGGUUUGUUUCCAUGUUGUGUAAUGCCAAUGUUGUCUUGCCUUUUGUUUCGGACUUACACCUGAACAGAGGACAGCCCCGCUCCUCUGUAACCUAACCUAAGAGGAAUCCCGUCACAAGCUCUCAGAUUACGUAGUGACGUUCGGGAGCCUGAGGUGGUUUCUUAAAGAUUUUAUUGCAUAUAUUACUCACAUAGGACAGCAAAGAUUUAUCAGUCCCUCACACUUUCCUUGUCUUCUUUCCACAAUCUACGCUGAUGUCGGGGAAUGCCAUCAAAUAAACUGAAUCCCCUGUAAAAAAAAAAAAAAAAAAUCUAUUUCUUUUGUAGAUUGAUCAUUUGUAAAUGGAGAGUUGCGAAGGAAAGGAAAUGAAGGACACCUCUAACAUUUAUCUUGUGAAUUUAAUUGCCAUUUGUGCCCUUCAAUGUUACUGUUUGGGCUCCACGUCCUAUAGUAGGACGUGUACCUCCUGCUCAGGAUGUCCUACUGCGGCCACGCUGAAAAAAUAAACAUAACGUGAAAUUU